UAGUGGACGUCUAGAGUUAAAUAGGUUUUGGCUCUGGUACAGGCAGUGAUGAAAAACACAUGAGUAGUAACAAGUCUCCUUAAUAUCUGUCUUCAGUACUGAGAUGGGAUAAUCUGAAGAAGCAGUUGACUCGAGUAUCAUCCUCGGUGCCAACAGGAUCAUGUAUUUCAGACUGUGUUCCUGAUUACAAUAGUGAUACGUUCUCUGCAGUAUAAAGUAAGCUACUGGAUAUUACCUUCUCAGGUGGAUUACAAACCAAAAAAAAGAGGAAAUCUCUAAAUCUACAAAGGAUUUGGAUUCUAAGGCUACAAGAUGAAGGAAUGUGUGCUUUUCUACUUCCUGGCUCUGUGCUCCGCCAAGCCAUUUAUAUUACCUCCAAAGUACAUGGCACUAACUGACCUCAUGCUGAAUGACAUGGAUGAUGAUGAUGAUGAUGACGAUGAUGAUGGCGAUGACGACGACAAAAACUCACUAUUUCCAUUUAAAAGGAACAUACCUUUCCGACCCACCCCACCUCCGUUUGACAUGCACCCAAUAUGUCCCUUUGGAUGCCAGUGUUACCUAAAAGUGGUGCAGUGCUCUGACCUUGGUUUGGCAUCCAUACCUGCCAAAAUUCCUUAUGACACAAGAUUAUUAGAUCUUCAGAACAACAAAAUAAAAGAGAUUAAGGAAAAGGAUCUACAAGGUCUCACAGCCCUUUCGGCUUUGUUUCUCAACAACAAUAAGCUAUACAAAGUUCACCCAAAAGCCUUCCAGUCAACAAACAAGUUACGAAGACUCUACCUGUCCCACAAUCAGCUCACAGAAAUUCCAUCUAACCUUCCAAAAUCAUUGGCAGAGCUGAGAAUUCACGACAACAAAGUUAAAAAAGUACAAAAGGACUCCCUCAAAGGCAUGGGGGCCUUACACGUUUUAGAAAUGAGUGCAAAUCCACUUGAAAAUGAAGGGAUAGAACCAGGAGCAUUUGAAGGACUGACAGUCUUCCACGUUAGGAUGGCAGAAGCCAAGCUGACAUCCAUCCCUAAAGGUCUACCACCAUCAAUCUACGAGCUUCACCUUGACCACAACAAAAUUUCAUCUAUAGAGCUUGAAGACUUUAUACGCUACAAAGAACUCCAGAGGCUUGGUUUAGGUCAUAACAAAAUUAAAGACGUAGAAAACGGAAGUCUUGCCAAUAUACCGAAAAUAAGAGAAAUUCACUUAGAAAAUAACAAGCUGAAAAAGGUUCCACAUGGAAUCUCUGACCUGAAGUACUUGCAGGUCUUGUUCCUUCACUCUAAUAAUAUUGCAAAAGUGGAUGUGAAUGACUUCUGCCCCGUACCACCCAAGAUGAAGAAGUCACUCUAUAGUGGAAUAAGCCUUUUUGGGAACCCUGUAAAAUAUUGGGAAGUUCAACCAGCAACCUUUCGCUGCAUCCUGGGCAGGAACAGUGUGCAAAUGGGGAACUUCCGAAAGUAAAAUCAAGCACGCUGGGCUGCUCCGAGCUAAAGGAACAAGCGAUCAAUGGAAAAGGACUGUGCCGUAGUUUUAUAUUUUCAGUUAUUAUGUCUGACGAACAGAAAUCUUAACGGGCUAACUAUGUUUACAGACUAAUUGCAUGAAAUCUAUAUAUUUUAGUAAUAAAUACUUGAAACUUGGCUAAGAAGAAAAUUGACAAGGUAUAGCUCUAAUUUAGUCCGUCCUUUCCAGGCAGAUUAAAUAAUUUGACACGUGAUAUCACAGUAGUAAAGCAUGUACA